AUAAUUCAAUUUUAUCAUCUGAGUUAAUACUUUAAAGCCAGCCACCCGCGGCUGGUGUUGCAAAUUUUUUUUUUUUUUUUAUUUUAUAAAUUGCGGCUCAAUAAUCGAAGGAAAGCCAUGUGGUGAUAAUGUGAUCGUUGACUAAAGGCAGAGGCAUGAAGUUACUUUAUCUUUUCUGAACUAGGCACUCUCUCCUCAAAUCUCAAGCGUUCUAAAUUUUUGGGUUGUUGGCUGGCGCUGGCUGCUCAUCAAUCCGUGCAUCUUCCCUUUCCUAGUCCAUUUUCAUUAAUCUGCAGGCGAGAUGGCCACCACUCGGCUGUAUUUGGCGAUUCUGCUAGUAAUGGGGGUCGUAUCUUCGACCAAGCAUCAGGACCUAUCAUCGGGGAAGACAAUUGGCAGUGCUAAGGAGUAUGAGGGACUCUACUACUUUGAGGAGGCUAAUGUUCUUGCAGUUGAACUGAGCCCUCAGAUCAAGUUGAAGUCUGAGAUUCUUCAGGAGUCUAUUGUCAAAGUGAUCAAUGCAAAUGUAAAUGCUGGAUGGAAAGCUGCAAUGAACCCUCGACUCUCCAAUUACAGUGUUGACCAAUUUAAGCAUCUCCUUGGAGUCAAACCAACACCUCAGAAUGAUUUGGAAAAUAUUCCUGUUAUCACUCAUCCAAAGUCUUUGAAACUGCCAAGUCAGUUUGACGCAAGAAUUGCUUGGCCUCAAUGUGGCACCAUUGGAAAUAUUCUCGAUCAGGGCCAUUGUGGUUCUUGUUGGGCGUUUGGUGCUGUUGAAUCACUCUCCGAUCGUUUUUGCAUCCAUCUUGCAAUUAAUGUUACCCUAUCUGUUAAUGAUGUUUUAGCAUGCUGCGGUUUUAUGUGUGGAGGUGGUUGUGAUGGGGGGUAUCCAAUUUAUGCAUGGCAGUACCUUGUUGACCAGGGUGUUGUCACUGAAAAGUGUUACCCAUAUUUUGAUGAUAUUGGUUGUUCCCACCCGGGAUGUGAGCCUGUAUAUCCCACACCCAGGUGUGAGAGAAAGUGCAUUGACAAGAACGAGCUCUGGCAGGAAUCAAAGCACUUCAGUGUUAGUGCGUAUCGAAUUGAUUCUGAUCCCUACAAUAUUAUGGCAGAGGUUUACAAGAAUGGACCAGUUGAGGUCACCUUUACAGUAUAUGAGGAUUUUGCUCAUUACAAGUCAGGAGUUUACAAACACAUUACAGGAAGCAUCAUGGGAGGUCAUGCAGUUAAGCUUAUUGGUUGGGGUACUACUGAACAUGGGGAGGAUUAUUGGUUAGUCGCAAAUCAAUGGAACAAAAGCUGGGGCGACGAUGGUUACUUUAUGAUUAGAAGAGGAACAAAUGAGUGUGGUAUUGAAGGAGGCGUGGUUGCUGGUCUGCCUUCAUCCAAAAAUUUGAUUAAAGAAUAUACUAGCAUGGAUCCUUUUCGAGAUGUGUCAAUUUGACAAAGUUAUUUAUCUGGACCUUGACAAAUCAUAAACAUGUGGGUGCUUUGUGUUUGGAAUGGGAUUGGGUCAAUGCAUCCAUGUUAUGAAAUUGUACCUGUGAACAAGGUUAUACAAGUCAUGUGUGGGGAAAAUGUUUGUAACUGUAUUUUUCAUUCUUUGUCUUACGCAUCAAUAUAUUGUACUUGGGGUGCUUGCAUUGUAACUUAUACAUCUUAUCUAUGUAAUAGUAGGCAUACCCUGUUUAUCGACA